GGUUACUGUGUACUAGCGGAUGUCUCAGGUUCGAAUCUCACUAGACACAUUUAGGGGAGAGGAGAGAGGUCUUGCUCUCGAGUAGAUUCUUCAGGUAUGUCCUGCUGGAUUGGUUAGAUCCGGAUUAAUCUACUAGGGGAUGUAGCCUUAGCACAGACACUGGAUUAUCAAAAAAAUAUAUGCAAAGAUGUAUUUGAGCAAAGGAUCUUCUUCUGAAGUUAUCAUAUUGAGAGAGGGAUGGCGGUGAGACAGAAAGCAGUGGCAGCGCUGCCGACGUUGAUGCGAGCUUUGCGGAAGGAAUUCCCGAAGCACAAUAAUUCGCAUCCAAUCCAACCAUUGCCGUCACUCAGGCGAGCAUUCUCCCUCUACGACCAAAUCAACCUCAUAGAUAACGUUCCUGAAGAUCAACUUCGUUUCCAAGAGUUCAGUGAUACUGGAUUCAAAGUCAAUGGAGUGCAUUAUGAUGGUAGCCUGCUUUGUGUUGGGAACUUGCUAAUGUCUUGGAGUCCCAAGAAAUUUUCUGAUGUUACUCCUGAGAGCUUGGCCAUCUUCCAAACAAUCCACCCAGUGCCAGAGAUCCUCAUUAUUGGUUGCGGGAGGCACAUUCAGCAAGUAAACCCCGAGGUUCGAAAGUUUAUUCGUUCUACUGGAAUGAAAUUUGAGGCAGUUGACUCGAGAAAUGCAGCAUCUACUUACAACAUUCUAAAUGAAGAAGGCAGGAUAGUUGCUGCUGCUCUACUCCCCUAUGGAGUCCAAUCUUAAGGUGCUGUUUGUAUGUACUUAUAUAUGCCUUCUGAAUUCUUUUUCCUGGGCUGAGGAUCUGCUUCGGUGCUGAAUGAUCAACUACUUUUUCCAAUGACACCAAAAGAAAGAGAUGGAUUUUGAGCAACACGCCCUAAUUCCAAGUUUCUCCGACUGCGGUUGUCUGUUUUGAAACAUGAUAUCAUACAGUUCUAUGUUUGGUAUAUCCUAGGUAAAGGAUUAUCAAAUACAGUGCUGAAUAAGAGGAAUUCUUGAUCACAUUUUCUAUGGUUCUAGGCUUCUAGCAAUUCACCUGUAGAACAUUUUGUUAAAAAAGAAUUAUGCCAACAGGGUGACUUUUUAAGUUGUUGAUUAUAAAGAUAAAAAAAUAAGCAGGGUCACUGAACAUAGUCCAUGCUGCCAUUCCUUAAACAAAGUCUGUUUGAAGUGUAUAUUAGUAUAUACUCUGCAUUAUGCAAUGGCAUUCAAACACCAGAUAAUUGCAGUCUUUUAUUGGAAGCUUGUGAUAACAUAUACAGAAUGCUAGGAUUGCUAGGCCAUUCUCUGCAUAUGAUUGUGAAAAGGCAUGUUUUCUUGGACUUGUUUUAAUUUCACA